GUGAAGUAGAAGAAGCAAUGUUACUGCUAAAAGAAGAAGAUGAAGGAAGUAGAAGAACUAGUGUCCCUACUCAACAUAAGCUAAAACGAACCCAGUGGUGGAUUCUUGUCUUCAUAAGUAUUUUCUUCCUCAUCUCUGCUCAAGCCAUUGCUGUUCUUCUUGGUCGGUUUUAUUACAACGAAGGUGGAAACAGUAAAUGGAUCUCUACUCUUGUCCAAACGGGUGGCUUUCCGAUUCUUUAUCUUCCCCUUUGUCUCCUUCCUGCUUCACAAUCUUCUUCAUCUUCUUGUUCUUUCAAGACUCUGGUUUGGAUUUAUCUUUCGCUUGGUUUUGCUAUUGGUUUAGACAAUCUUUUAUACUCUAUUGGGCUUUUGUAUCUCUCUGCUUCGACUUAUUCGAUUCUAUGUGCUUCACAGUUAGCUUUCAAUGGUGUCUUCUCUUAUUACAUCAAUUCUCAGAAAAUCACUUGUUUGAUUCUCUUCUCAGUGUUGUUUCUCUCUAUCUCUGCUGUGUUGGUUUCUCUUGACGAUGAUUCAAAUAGCCCAUCAGGAGAUUCUAAAUGGAGUUACUUGAUUGGUUGUUUCUGUACAGUUUUGGCUUCUCUUAUCUAUUCUCUUCAGCUCUCUCUUAUGCAGUUUUCGUUCGAGAAUGUUCUCAAGAGUGAGACAUUCUCUAUGGUUCUCGAGAUGCAGAUCUAUACGUCACUUGUGGCUUCUUGUGUUGCGGUUAUCGGGUUGUUUGCGAGCGGGGAAUGGAUGUUGUUGAGUGUGGAGAUGGAAGAGUUUCAGGAGGGUCAAGUCAUUUAUGUUUUGACUUUGGUUGGGACAGCGGUUUCGUGGCAAUUGUGUUCUGUAGGAGCCGUGGCGCUUAUAUUUCGGGUGUCGUCGCUGUUUUCGAACCUUAUUGGUACGCUCUCACUCAUUGUAACGCCUCUUGCAGCCAUUGCUGUGUUCCACGACAAGCUGACUGAAGUUAAGAUGGUCGCGAUGCUCAUUGCCUUCACGGGAUUCGCGUUUUAUAUCUACCAGAACUAUCUUGAUGACCUGAACGUACAAAGAGCACGAAAAACCCAGGCCGAACUAUUUUAGUUAGUUGUUUUAUAAACUAUUGUAGAACAAGGUAGCUACAAAUGUUGUAUUCUAUAUAGUGAUCAUAUACAUAAAACUAUUUUAGUUAGUUCAUAAUCUGGUGAUCAUAUACAUAAAACUAAUUGCAUGACCGAUUCAUUACUGAAUCGCAGAAACAUAUUCGGAUAUUCGUAGUAUGCUA